UGACGUAGAACUCAGCGCUCAGAGCAACAUGGCGGCGUCCUUUAGAGUUCUCAUGCGUCAGGCACUUUAUUACCCAAACCAGCGUCUCACUCCUGUGUGUAGAGUCACACACACACUUUACUCCGCCGAGGCGUCGAUGUGCCGAGGAUACGCCGGAGUGUCGGAGGGAAAAGACGUCCAUUUUGGCUUCGAGACGGUGACAGAGGAGGAGAAAUCAGAAAGAGUCUAUAAAGUGUUUGAAAGCGUUGCUCAGAAGUAUGACGUGAUGAACGAUGCGAUGAGUCUUGGUAUCCAUCGGCUGUGGAAGGACGCGCUGCUGCGUGUGAUGAAUCCUCAGCCUGGAUUACGUCUGCUGGACGCCGCCGGAGGCACCGGUGAUAUCUCAUUCCGUUUCCUGAAUUACACGCGGUCAGUGCAUGAGCGGCAGCUGCGGCAGAGAGCACGGACCAAUCAGACACCAUCGUGGCAGGAGAUCUCCGGCGGUUACGGCUCAGAGGGGGCGCAGAUUCCAGAAUCUCGAGCGGUGGUGUGUGAUAUCAAUAAAGAGAUGCUGAAGGUGGGGAAAGAGCGGGCGGAGACCGCCGGAAUCACCACAGGUUUGUCAUGGGUAGUGGGUGAUGCAGAGGAGCUUCCAUUCGACGAUGAUCAGUUUGACAUUUAUAGCAUCGCAUUCGGGAUCCGGAACGUCACUCACAUUGAGCAAGCUCUGCAGGAAGCAUUGCGCGUGCUUAAACCAGGCGGACGGUUCAUGUGUUUAGAGUUCAGUAAAGUGUCCAACCCUCUCCUGUCCAGGCUUUAUGAUGCCUACAGUUUCCAGAUGAUUCCAGUUCUCGGUGAGGUGAUCGCAGGAGACUGGAAGUCGUAUCAGUACCUGGUGGAGAGCAUCCGCAAGUUUCCAGACCAGGAAACAUUUAAAGAAAUGAUUGAAGACGCUGGUUUCUUCCGAGUGCAGUACACUAAUCUCAGUGGAGGAAUCGUGGCACUCCAUUCAGGAUUUAAGCUCUGAUAGAUGGACAGACCUGACGGACAGAUGGAUCACGCAGUAGACAUACACGGAGGAGGAGACCAGUCCUUGUUGUAUGCAAGAAAAUCUCAGACGU